AUUCAAAUAAAAGUGCCAUCCAAAGUUAAGGGAUGUCUCUGAAUAAGUGCCUUGUAUUCGCCGUUGUGCUGGGGGUGGCUUUAUUUGGAGCAGCAUCCGUUGAGGGUGCUGCACUGAGGCGAACGCCGCGUCAACUUAGCAGCUUGCUGACUUUGAGCGGUGAAUCGAACGCCAGAAUAGAAAAUGGCACCAUCAUCUGCGACACGCUCAAGUGCCCGCCGGAAUCGUUCAAGUGCGUGAUCGUCAAAAACUCCACCAAGGACGACGAGAACAAGAUUCAAGUGACGCGCGAGUGCCUCGAUCCGGCGGGCAAGGCGACGGCCAAGACGCUCACGACCGAAGCGUCCAGCUUUCCGGGCCAGCAGUUCGAGAGCUACGCCGAAAUCGAUAAGAAUGGCAACAUUGCAUCGUUCGACAACCGGGGCAACACGUACAACCACUCGGGCGACGGUGACAUUCACUCCUAUCUCUACCAGCAGAUAGAGGACCUUCACAAGGCGAUACUGGAUCAGCUGUCCACCGCCGGCAAUCCGUUCCCGGCCAAGUGAUAGUGUCUAGAUUUUAAUGAGUGCACGACGAAAGAAUAAA